CAGAACAUACAUUGUUGUUACUACCACAUGAUCAAUACUGAAGACAGACAGACAGUGGUGCCUAAAUAAAACACGACAGAAGAAAACGCAUAGGCAUAUCUUUAUCCUAUCCGAAAUAGCUGGCAGAAAGAAGAGCAUAGCUUCAUCCACUUCAUCUAAGGAAUGGCAGACAAGGUACUCUUCAAUGCUCGGAAGACAUUCAUAGACAGUGUGUCAAAGCCAGUGAUCAAGCAGCUCCUGGACGACCUUUUGGAGGACCAGGUGCUGAACGAUGAAGAAACAGACUCAGUGAAGGAGGAGAACAGCACUAAGACAAAGCAGGCACGAUGCCUCAUCGAUAUGGUGCGGAACAAAGGGAGCAAAGCCAGUGAGAAGAUGAUUGCCCGAGUUCAGAAGAGAGAUCCUGGACUUUAUGACAAAUUGGGUCUGGACCCCAGGCAGCCGGCCAAGAUGACACCAUCAUCGCCCCAGUUAUCACAGCAGGAGGAGCACCAGGUGUCCUCUGACCUCAUCCCCAGCACCAGUGACUUUAAGAAGGACAUUCUUCAGAGGAAGGGUUGCGAGAUUUACCCUCCAAUGGAUAAGUCUGGUCGGAAGCGCCUGGCCCUGCUCAUAAACAACGUGGAGUUUGAUGAUAAGAGCAUGCUGAGACGAGGUGCAGUGAAGGACGAGGAGAACAUAGAGAGGCUUCUCAGGGAUCUGGGAUAUGAUGUGGUGAAACAUAGAAACCUGUCUGGACAGGAGAUGGACGAGGCUGUGAAAGCAUUCUCUAAACGUGAGGAGCACUUAUUGUCAGACAGUGUCUUCGUGGUGAUGAUGUCUCACGGGGAGCUGGGAGCCAUCAUGGGUGUCCACUACAAGGAAGGGGAACCUAAACCUGAUGUCUUUCCCAUCACCAACAUCUUCACACACCUGAAUACAGAUAACUGCAAAGCACUGGUUAACAAACCCAAAGUCAUCCUCAUUCAGGCCUGCAGGGGAGACAAUGAUGGGCUUGUUUGGGUCAGUGACACGGUGCCUGGGCCCAGCCAUGACCUGGAGUUAGAGAGUGACUCAAUCUGGAGGGAGCACAACGAAAAGGACUUCAUCUCCCUCCUGUCCUGUACACCAGAUACUAAGUCCUACAGAGAUCCAAAGAUGGGCACCUUUUUUGUCCAACACAUCAUGGAGACAUUCAACACCUAUGCCUGUGAUGAUCAUAUAGAAGAGUUAUUCAGGAAGGUCAUGGUUCGCUUUGAAAAGACCCACAUGAGAAAAAGCGGACAGAUGCCAACCAAAGACCGAGUCACUCUAACAAAGCAGUUCUACCUCUUCCCAGGCCUCUGAGUAGUUGUGAUGGUUGAUGAAUUGUACUGUAAUCACAAUGGAGGAAUAAGGGAGGAACAUUGUUUCAGUUUUUUUGUAUGAAACCAUACAUCACAAUAAAGUGUUUGGUAUCACCAUUAUGUUUUAAUUUAUACUUAUAAUUAACCUUUUAACACAUUACUUUAUCAUCAACAAAUUAUGUCUUAUUAGCAAAUUAAAAUAUUAUCCUUUAGAGCUAGGUAGUCUUUUGUUACAGCCCUGCUCUAACACACCUGAUUCAGCUAAUCAAAGUCAAGAUGAGCAGCUAAUGAGUAGAAUCAGGUGUGUUAGAGCAGGGCUGAAACAAAAGUCUAUAGGGUAGGCUACCCAGUAGCUUUCCAGGAGGAAGAUUGGCCAUUCCUGUUUUAACAUUGGGAAGAUAAGCUAAAUAAGUCUGGGUGACAAAAGCACUGUUUGCCGAAAUAAAAGAUCUCACAGCACUCAGAAACAUUUAGAUGGGAUAUGCCUUUGGCUACAAAUGAAAAGUAGGUUCAUUUUGCCUAUCCACUAUUGUUAGACAGUGAGCAAGCUUGCCUAUGGAUUGGUGCUACUAUUAUUUCGGGAAGGAGAUGUAGAUUUUUCAAUACCAUAGAUGAUAUUUAAACCUAUGACUUAUCUCCAUCAUAAAAUGUUUUUUCAAUGACUAGCAGGUCUAUUCAAGCUGAGUUGUCUAUGCCUGUGUGUUACUUGGUAUGAAUUAAACUACAGUAGGCUGGUAUGGUUACCAGUGGCCAAUUUGGCAUAACUGCUCGGCACCCAGGCUCUGGAAUGAAGGUUAUAUUGUCACGUUCCUGACCUGUUUUCCUUUGUCAUGUAUUUGUU